AUGGAGAUCGAGGACAAAUCAAAGCUCUGCUUUCCUCAGCUCAUCAACAUAUCCUGCCUGAAGCCCACAUCUCAUUGGUCUGAAGGUGUUCUUUUGAGCGUUCUGUUGUCCAUCAUCUGCAUCUUCACAGCGAUUCUCAACCUGCUGGUCAUCAUCUCAAUCUCCCAUUUCAGGCAGCUCCACACUCCCACCAACUUCCUUCUCCUCUCUCUGGCUGUCUCUGACUUUCUGGUGGGCCUUCUGGUGAUGCCUGGAGAAAUAGUGCGACAAACAUCCUGUUGGACUCUUGGUGAUGUCAUGUGCUUGUUGUAUAAGUAUGUGACCUACUUCAUGACGUCUGCCUCAGUCGGAAACAUGGUACUGAUAUCAGUUGACCGUUAUGUUGCUAUUUGUGAUCCUCUGCGUUAUAACACCAAAGUCACUGUAAAAAGAGUUCAACUUUGUGUUUGCUUUUGUUGGUUCUUUGCUCUCCUCUACAACAGCAUCAUUUUGAAAAAUCAAAUGGCUCAUCCUGGAAAGUAUCAAUCCUGCAAUGGAGAGUACUCUGUUUUUAUUGACAACAAUGCAGGAAUUAUUGAUGUUGUCUUGACCUUCAUCCUUCCUCUCAGCAUCAUCGUCACUCUGUACAUGAGAGUAUUUGUGGUUGCUUUGUCUCAGGCCCGAGCCAUGCGCACUCAUGUUACAUCAGUCAAACCACAACAUAAAGUCGCUGCAAGAGCAAAGAAGUCAGAAUUGAAGGCAGCCAGGACUCUUGGUGUCCUUGUCCUUGUCUUCCUCAUGUGUUUCUGUCCAUUUUACAUUGUUACUCUUACAGGUGUCUCUGUUGCUACAUUUCUAAUGCUUGUGAUUGAUGUGUUUUAUUUCAACUCACUUUUAAACCCUUUGAUAUAUGCCUUGUUUUAUUCUUGGUUCAGAAGAGCCACAAGACUCAUCAUCACCCUGCACAUACUGCAGCCUGGCUCCCGGGGGGACAACAUUCUGUAA